GAAGAACAAUCGAGCUACUAAUAAGGUCGUAUACAUAUCUUCUAUAUACUCCUCUGAAAGUUGUGAACUCCGGUCGAGCUUAAAAACAGCAGCAAUGGCGAAGCUUUGGACAUUGCUGCUGGCUGCAGUGGUGGUCCUCUCACUCCUAGUGAGCCCCAUUGCUUGCACCCGAAAGCUCAACAAACCCAAGCCGAAGCCGGGCAGCUACAGGCGGCCGGUCAAGCCGAAGCCAAAACCGGUCACGGGCAGCUACAAGCCGGCGCCUGUGGCCGCCAGAAGAAACCACACAGCUACACCCACGCCAUCGCCGACUGUCUACGGCCCCGGUGGCUGGCUGUCAGGCGCCGGCGCCACGUACUACGGCGCGACCAACGGCGACGGGAGCGACGGCGGCGCGUGCGGCUACCAGACGGCCGUCGGAAAGAAGCCAUUCGACUCGAUGAUCGCCGCCGGGAGCACGCCACUGUACAGGGGAGGCGAGGGCUGCGGCGCCUGCUACGAGGUGAAAUGCACGACCAACGCCGCGUGCUCCGGCCAGCCCGUGACCAUCGUAAUCACCGACCAGUCCCCUGGCGGGCUGUUCCCCGGCGAGGUCGAGCACUUUGACAUGAGCGGCACCGCCAUGGGCGCCAUGGCCCGGCCCGGCAUGGCCGACAAGCUCCGCGCUGGCGGCGUGCUCAGGAUCCUGUACAGGAGGGUGCCGUGCAAGUACACCGGCGUCAACAUCGCGUUCAAGGUGGAUCAGGGCGCGAACCCGUACUACUUCGACGUGCUCAUCGAGUUCGAGGACGACGACGGCGACCUCAGCGCCGUGGACCUCAUGGAGGCCGGCAGCGGCGUCUGGACUCCUAUGGCGCACAACUGGGGCGCCACGUGGCGCCUCAACAACGGCAGGAAGCUCAAAGCGCCGUUCGGGCUCCGGCUCACCUCCGACUCCCGCAGGGUGCUCGUCGCCAACAACGCCAUCCCGGCCGCGUGGAAGCCCGGCAAGACCUACCGCUCCUUGGUCAACUACCCCUGAAAAGAGAAAUACCGACAAGUGGAUGGCGUGUAUUGUGCGUCCGGGUGUUGCGAGUGGCGGCGGUGUACUACUGGUGUCGGAAAACAGAAGAGAAUGAAAGAGGAGGUUGAAGAAGAGAAUAAUGUCCUUCUUCCCUCCCUGGACGGUCUCUGCAGUCCCCAAAAGUGAUGUGUGACGGUGUUAGUCAAAUCAUGCCGGUAAUUUGAUACUUCAUCUCGAUUUGAGUUUUA